AUGACGUCGCCAGUCGAAUAUGUGGCAUCUGCACUCUCAAUAACGGCGUCCGCCAUCAAGACUGUGAGGGGUGUCUAUGAAUUUCUCGGCCGGGUGAGACAGGUUGGCACCGAGAUAGAGUCCUUGCAUACCACAGUGGAAGCAUGGACGAAAAUCCUGGAGACCAUCAACGGUUCUUUAGAGCUGAGGAAGAGAUCCAGGGAACUGGUUCCCUUGGAGGUAGAAUACCUUGACCACAUGGGCAGAGUCAUCAGUAUGUGCGAGAAAGAUGUGAAACUCCUCCAAAAGAAUCUUCCACAGCCAGUAGAGAGUACCUCUAUGUGGAGAAUCAGAGGAAGGGAUUCAAGUUGGCGACAGAAAGCUAUUGCAACACUCAAGAUGUACAUCAAGGAGGACCAGCGCCUCAUUGCUCGCAUUGCUCGUCACAUGCAAUUGCUAUCGGAUCUCAACUUCAUAUGCCCGGGCAGCCUGGCAGGAGAGUCGUUCUUGGCCCAGAAUCGGGACCGACUGGGCAGAUUGCCGCAGAUGUUUUCUGAGAACGACACGCACCCAAGCAGUAGGGCGGCAUCUCCAUCUACUCGGACACAAGACGAGAUGGAAGAGGAAAAGGUCAUCACGGAAUUUGAAGACGCAACAUUUGAAUACACCACAUAUCUAGUCAUCAAGGGUCACGACUUCACACCGCCAAUCGAGCCAACAAUGGAAGAAAUCCAAAUUCAAUUUGAGGCCAAUCAGGCCAUUGUUGGUUAUCUCUUUGACAGUUUGAAACUACCCGGAAACGCAUAUCGGCUCCAUAAGAGGGGCAUAGAGAUCCGGAAGACCAUGGAUGAAAAAUAUGGGAUCAAGCUUGACUUCGAUACUCAUGUGCAGCUCGAUCUCCGUCUUAUCGAAAUCUUGAAGGAUUGCAAAACUUCCGAGUGUUCCAACGAAGCUUACAAAAUCUUGAGGGCAAUGGACGAAAAGAGUUGGGGCGACCAAAGACCACAACGAUUCGAAAUCCGGUUCAGCCUUGCCGAGGUGUGUGGCGAGCGGCAAGAGAUCUCGGAGGCAUGUCGGUUAUUAAGGACACUGUAUACGGAAUACAAGAAGGAACCAAGAUCUUAUCGAACCAAACUCCAACAGGUCGUUCAGCUUAUAGAUCAAGGGUACCGUGGAUCUGGCAAUCUUGAGUCCUCAUAUGCUUGGAGGGUUAUGGUCGAAAGAGAUUUGGGAGUGGACUUUUUCCCAUCUCACAUUCUCUCCCAAGCCCUGGAUUGGUGUAGGACACACGGCUUCGAUGUCAGUGAGGUGCAGCGAGGUGUACCGGUCGAUCAAAUUCGGAAUCACGAAGGAGACUCACCUCUCCAUUACGCAGCUCGCAAUCCGGAUACCGAUAUCGAUAUCCUGGAAGGCCUUCUCUCUAAAACACACAGUCUAGACGGCCGCGACAGGCGGGGGAACACGGUUCUGAUGAUUGCAGCGGAGGGGUCAGGCGAUCUCGCAAUCAAGGUUAUGGGGAUCCUGCUAGCACGCUCGACAGCAGCGGACCUGAUAGCUAGAGGUGGUGUCGACGACGAAACACCGUUACAUCGAUGUCGGGACCCUGAGAUAGCACGUCUCUUACUCCAGAGAGCAAUGCGUCGAGGCAGUUGCGUGUCGACGAACUCUGUUGCAGGCAGCAUCAGCGACAACAAUGCCCUGAACGACAUCCUCAACAAUCAACAUGGCUGCUAUAGAAAAACCCCACUUCACACCGCGUGCCAAUAUGCAAGGACAGACGUGGUCAAGAUUCUGCUUGCAUACGGCGCUGAUCCGAGCCUCCUGGAUGCCGGCAAGCAGAUCCCGCGGGAAAGGCUGCCACCGAGCACUAAUGGGAGAGACAGGUUUCUCAUCACCAAAUGGAUGUUGAGCGCAUAUAUCAUGGCAGGGAAAAGCGAGAGCGACAAGAAGAAACUACUAAGCGAUCAUUAUCUUCGGAACGCUGAUCGUAAAGCCCUUCUAUCCAAACAAUCGCAAAUUCUAACCCUUGAUGCGACGCCGAGUCUGAGAAAUGUUUCCUCCAUUGGGACGUCUAGUCGAAGAUCAAGCGCGACCACAGCAAUCACAUCAUCAAGCUCUCACUCGGACCAGAAGUCUUCGACAGAGGCACCAAGAUUGAGCAUCGCGAUUGAGUCACCGGACAUGCAGUUUCGCUUUCAUUAA